AUGCGCCCCAUCCUGUUUGAUCCUUCAUCCUUGCCUUGCGGUGAGCUCCCUCGACUAUCCUUAACCCGGUACAUCCGGCCUGGCCAGUUCGAGCAGGCCUGCUGCGCGAAGAGUGAUCUACGCAACGAACGGCGAAGUUCCAAGGUUGGGUUAGAGGGACGCCUGUUCAAGGAGCUUUGA